GACUACCCCUCGAGAGCUGUAACUCUCUCUCUCUCUCUCUCUCUCUCUCUUCGAUCCGUUACCUCUCGAAACCCUUCUCCUCCUCCUCCUCCUCCUCCUCCACCUCUACCGGAGCUCCACCGCCACCAACAAUGGCCGCGGACCUCUCUGCGGCGGCGGCGGCGGACCCCGAUGGGCCGGACGCAGUGCGGCUCACAUGGCGGUCGUGGCCGCGAUCGAAGGUGGAGGCGAGCAAGUGCGUGGUGCCCGUGGCCGCCUCCAUCUCCCCGCUCCGCACCUCGCCGUCGCUCGUCGUCCUCCCCUACGCGCCCCUCCGGUGCAAGCCCCCCUGCGCCGCCGCGCUCAACCCCUACGCACGCGUCGACUUCGCGGCGAAGAUCUGGAUCUGCCCCCUCUGCUUCUCCCGCAACCACUUCCCGCCUCACUACGCCGGGAUCAGCGAGGCCAACGUCCCCGGCGAGCUCUACCCCCAGUGCUCCACCGUCGAGUACGCGCCCCCGCCGCUCGACGCCUCCCCGCCCCCGCCCCCCGUGUUCCUCUUCGUCAUCGACACCUGCCUCAUCGAGGAGGAGCUAGGGUUCGUCAAAUCCGCCAUGCGCCGCGCCAUCGGCCUCCUCCCCGACCACGCCCUCGUCGGCCUCGUCACGUUCGGGACGCAGGUGCACCUGCACGAGCUGGGCUUCGCGGAUCUGUCCAAGAUCUACGUGUUCCGGGGGACGAAGGAGAUCUCCAAGGAGCAGAUCUUGGAUCAGCUCGGGUUGGCGGCCGCCGGAGGGCGAGGAGCGGUCGCGGCGGGGUUUCCGAACCCUAAGGGGUUGCCGCAGGCCAACGGUCGGCUCCAUCCACCGGGCUCGGUCAAUAGGUUCCUCCUCCCUGCGUCGGACUGCGAGUACACCCUCAAUUCGUUGUUGGAUGAAUUGCAGACUGAUCAGUGGCCGGUGGAGGCAGGAAACCGAGCUUUGCGAUGCACGGGUGUUGCUCUCAGUGUUGCGGCCGGCUUGUUGGGAGCGUGCGUGCCUGGUACUGGGGCUCGGAUCAUAGCUUUGGUUGGUGGGCCAUGUACUGAAGGGCCGGGAAUGAUUGUAUCAAAAGAUUUGUCGGAGCCAGUGCGAUCACAUAAAGAUCUCGACAAAGACGCAGCUCCACAUUUCCACAAGGCAGUAAAAGUUUAUGACAAUCUGGCGAAACAGUUGGUUAAUCAGGGCCAUGUGUUGGACCUUUUUGCAUCUGCACUUGACCAGGUUGGGGUUGCGGAGAUGAAAGUUGCCGUUGAAAGAACAGGCGGUCUUGUCGUUCUGUCUGAAAGUUUUGGCCACUCUGUUUUCAAAGAUUCGUUCAAACGAAUCUUUGAGGAUGGCGAGCAGUCUUUAGGCCUUUCUUUUAAUGGUACACUUGAAAUCAACUGCUCAAAGGACAUAAAGAUUCAGGGAGUUAUUGGGCCAUGCACAUCUUUGGAGAAGAAAGGAGCUCUGUGUUCUGAUUCCGUUGUUGGUCAAGGCAACACAACUGCGUGGAAAAUGUGUGGUCUUGAUAGGACUACUUCUCUGACCGUCUUUUUUGAUAUAUCACCAAGUGAUCGCUCAAGCCAACCAGGAUAUCCAAAUCCCAAUUUGUACAUUCAGUUUGUGACAAACUAUCAGCAUCCAGAUGGUCAAAUGAGGAUGAGGGUUACAACCAUUACCCAGAAAUGGGUGGAUAGUUCUGCCGGAACAGAGGAAUUGGUUGAAGGUUUUGACCAAGAAACUGCUGCUGUCGUUUUGGCAAGAUAUAUCUCCUUGAAAAUGGAGAUGGAGGAAGAAUUUGAUGCGACACGAUGGCUGGACAGAUCGCUCAUACGACUUUGUUCACGAUUCGGUGAUUAUCGUAAAGACGAUCCUACUUCAUUUACCUUACAUCCUAAUUUAUCGCUAUUUCCUCAAUUCAUGUUUAAUCUGCGGCGUUCACAAUUCGUACAGGUGUUCAAUAAUAGUCCGGAUGAAACAGCAUAUUUCCGAAUGUUGUUGAACCGUGAGAGUAUCACCAACUCUCUUGCGAUGAUCCAACCUUCCUUACUCUCAUACUCAUUUAAUUCACCUCCAGCUCCUGCGUUACUCGACGUAGCAUCCAUUGCAGCAGAUCGCAUACUGUUGCUCGAUGCCUAUUUUAGCAUUGUUAUCUUCCAUGGUAUGACGGUUGCUCAGUGGCGCAACAUGGGUUACCAGAAUCAGCCAGAGCAUCAGGCUUUUGCUCUACUGUUGCAAGCUCCUCACGACGAUGCCCAGCUUAUUAUAAAAGAUCGAUUCCCCGUACCAAGAUUAGUUGUUUGUGAUCAACAUGGCUCACAGGCGAGAUUUUUGCUGGCGAAACUGAACCCAUCGGCCACAUACAACUCGGCUCACGAGGUUGCUCCGGGCUCCGACAUCAUCUUCACGGACGACGUCAGCCUCCAAGUAUUCUACGAGCAUCUCCAACGGUUGGCCGUUCAGUCGUAAGACCAUACACAUCAUGCAAACCCCUUCUUUUUUUAGGUAAAAUUAACUUAUCAUUGUCAGAGGUCGUUGGUCGUUUCGAUGUGUCGGUUAUAUUUCCUCAUUUUUUUUCUUCCCCUGUUAUUUCACACCGAUUUUCGUAUGUUCUUCAUAAAUAAAUGCAUCUAUUCUCUAUAUUUUGUUACUUAAAUUAAGGAGAUGAUUAAGUUUGUCGUUGUAUCAGGGAUCGAUCAAAAGUUCGAUAGUAGUACAUUCAUUUCUUUUUUAUUUAGAA